ACCCCCCUGAAAAAUCAAUCUGUAAUCGUAUUACAGAUGUGAAGCAGCCAUCAAAACUGAUUGAAUUUUGUCAACACCGCACAGCAAAAAAACGACACAAAUCGGAAAAAAAAAAUGGAUGAUGGAAAAUUGAGCUUUAGUGCGGAGGAUCUAUCGACGAUCGGAGGCAUAGCCACCGUUUCCCUCCUCCAUUCCUUCAUUCCGACGCACUGGCUUCCGUUCUCCAUCGUCGGCCGCGCUCAGAAAUGGACGCUCUCUCGUACUCUCCUCGUUACUGCAUUCGGAGCAGUAUUGCACGUCCUGUCCACAUCGCUGCUCGGCAUAACAGCAAUCACCAUAACAAACACCAUAGCAGGAGAAGAAACCGUGCAUAAACUUGCUUCGUUGUUGCUUAUUUUCCUCGGUGGUAGUUACGUAGUACUGUUUCUGUUCGGAAAAGGUGGCCACAGCCAUUCUCACAAUCAACCGAUGGAAAAAAUGGCUGUCGCUGGUCUUGUACUCGUCCCCGCAUUGUCUCCUUGUGCAACCACUCUCCCCGUAUUUCUUGCCGUUGGAAACUCAAAAUCCAUGAUGGUGCUCGCUAUAAUAGUUCUGCUAUUCAGCACAAUAACUGUUAUGACAUCACUCGUGGCACUCUCGUUUUACGGUGCGAGUCAGCUCAAGUUCCACUGGGUGGAGCGGUACGACAAGCUUCUAGUAGGUUCCGUUCUAUGUUUAGUUGGAGUUCUGACCCUUAUUUUUCACGACCAUCAUGAUGCGGGCCCACACGGAGACCAUUUGCAUAGGAAAAUUAUCGGCCUGUAAGAAGCAUUAGUGCUUUAAAUGUUAUUUAGGUUCUUGAUAUAUUGAGAUUUGCAAAGCGACGAUGCACAUUACUAAGAUCUGUAUAACUUGGGUUUCUUGUUUAAUCAAAUACUUCUUUAUAUUGGCUGUCUUUUGCCGAAGUUGUUGAUCUUCCGAUAUUUGCUGUUGCGUAAUGUUGUAUUUUUGUUUGAUGUAAAUAAAAUGGAUAUCUAUAUGCUGUAUUUGGUUUAUU